AUGGCGCGGCUUUAUUGUUUGGUUUGUCGAAAGUGUCCUCGAAUAUAUGCGAUUUCAAGAUACCGAUACAGAUACAGAAUCAACAACACGAGGAACUCUACCCGAGAAUCAGAACCACAACCACCUCUACCCGAGAAUCAGAACCACAACCACCUCUACCCGAGAAUCACAACCACAACCACCUCUACCCGAGAAUCAACACCACAACCACCUCUACCCGAGAAUCAGAACCACAACCACCUCUACCCGAGAAUCACAACUACCAAUACCUCGACCCGAGAAUCAGAACCACAACCACCUCUACCCGAGAAUCAGAACCACAACCACCUCUACCCGAGAAUCAACACCACAACCACCUCUACCCGAGAAUCAACACCACAACCACCCCUCUUCCCGAGAAUCACAACCACAACCACCUCUACCCUAGAAUCACAACGGCAACCACCUCUACCCGAGAAUCAGAACCACAACCACCUCUACCCGAGAAUCAGAACCACAACCACCUCUACCCGAGAAUCACAACUACAAACACCUCUACCCGAGAAUCAGAACCACAACCACCUCUACCCGAGAAUCAGAACCACAACCACCUCUACCCUAGAAUCAACACCACAACCACCUCUACCCGAGAAUCAACACCACAACCACCUCUACCCGAGAAUCAGAACCACAACCACCUCUACCCUAGAAUCAACACCACAACCACCUCUACCCGAGAAUCAGAACCACAACCACCUCUAUCCGAGAAUCAACACCACAACCACCUCUACCCGAGAAUCAGAACCACAACCACCUCUACCCGAGAAUCACAACUACCAAUACCUCGACCCGAGAAUCAGAACCACAACCACCUCUACCCGAGAAUCAGAACCACAACCACCUCUACCCGAGAAUCAACACCACAACCACCUCUACCCGAGAAUCAACACCACAACCACCCCUCUUCCCGAGAAUCACAACCACCUCUACCCUAGAAUCACAACGGCAACCACCUCUACCCGAGAAUCAGAACCACAACCACCUCUACCCGAGAAUCAGAACCACAACCACCUCUACCCGAGAAUCACAACUACAAACACCUCGACCCGAGAAUCAGAACCACAACCACCUCUACCCGAGAAUCAGAACCACAACCACCUCUACCCUAGAAUCACAACCACAACCACCUCUACCCUAGAAUCACAACCACAACCACCUCUACCCGAGAAUCAGAACCACAACCAACUCUACCCGUGA